AUGGGAUAUGUUGAGGGUACAUGGAUAUGUCCAGUUGAAACAGUGGUGAAGACCGGAGAAACGACAGAAUCAGUUAAUCUGGAUCAGAAGAUUUGGUUACGUCAAGAUCGCCUCGUAUUGCAAGCCAUUCAAGCCACUCUCACAAACAAUAUUGCUCCGCUGAUUUCAUCUUGCCAAACAUCAGCAGAUGCAUGGUCAAAGUUGGAGACCACUUUUGCCAACAAGUCACACACAAGAAUGCUUACUCUACUUUCAACGCUUAUGAAGGUAUCAAAAGAAGGAAUUACUGUUGCUGAGUAUAUGCAGAAUAUCAAAGGUGAUGACAAUGGCUCUCAUUUAAUGCUGCCGAAUUCCUCUUCUCCUACUAAGGAUGCCAACGUCUCAAGCUCUCAUUAG